GGCCGGGCUAGAGGGCGGUGUCCAGGUCCCGGCGUCUGGGCUGUGGCUCCUCCUCAGGUAAAGGGCCGGCGGGAGUGCCUUCGGCGACGCUGAGGAAGCGCCCCUUCGGGUGUCUGAGCUGGAGAGCCUGGAGGUUGUCCCUUCUGCUGGGCAGAGCGCCAAGUCGAGUGGGGGCGCCACCCCAAGGCUGCAGAAACUCUCCAUGUGCACUUUAGGCAGUGGAAGCUGAGAACUCAGAAAUGGCAGAGUCCUACAUGGAGAAGCUGUCCUUCACCUUGCUGGAUGCCAUCACCGACAAGGAGCCUGUAGUGCAGGAACAGGUCUGCAGUGCUCUGUGCUCCCUCGGGGAGGCACGUCCCAGGGAGAUGCUCCGCGCCUGUAACGAGUACCUGCGACAGCAUGACAAGCUGGCUCAGCCCUAUCGCGCUCUGAUCCUGAGGGCCAUGGAGAUGGUCCUGAGCAGCCACAUCCACCAGCUGGACAAGGACACAGCCAGCAUUCUCAUCCUCCUGGCCUCCAGCGAGAUGACCAGGACGAAGGGCCUGGACUGUGAUUGGCAGCGGGCUGCGAGCAGCGUCCUGGUGGCUGUGGGAAAGCGGUUCAUCAACCAGGUGAUGGAGGAGGUGCUUGGCAGGUUCCAGCCCGGGGUCCUGCCACACUGUUCCGUGCUGCAGACUCUUGCCAGCCUCUCAGUGUCCAAUGCCUUUGGCAUGGUCCCCUUCCUGCCGUCCAUCCUGAGCACCAUGCUGCCCAUGCUGGGCAUGGCGAAGCAGGAUGCAUUGAGGGUGGUGUUCUGCUGUGCCCUACAGCACUUCAGUGAGAGCACCCUGGAGUACCUGGCCAACUUGGACCAAGCCCCGGACCCCACUGUCAGGAGGGACGCCUUUGCUGCCGACAUCUUCAGUGCCUAUGACAUUCUCUUCCAUCACUGGCUCCAGAGUCGAGAUGCCAAGCUCCGGCUCGCAGUGGUGGCGGCUCUGGGGCCCAUGAGCCACCUGCUUCCCAGUGAGAAGCUGGAGGAGCAGCUCCCCAGGCUCCUCCCUGGAGUCCUCAGCCUCUACAAGAAGCACGCGGAGACCUUCCACGUGUCCAAGAGCCUGGGCCAGAUCCUGGAGGCAGCAGUGAGUGUGGGCAGCCGCACCCUGGAGGCCCAGCUUGAUGCCCUCCUGGCCACUCUGCAYACUCAGAUCUGUGUGCCCGUGGAGUCCUCCAGUCCCCUGGUGAUGAGCAGCCAGAAAGAGGUGCUGCGCUGCUUCACGGUGCUGGCCUGCUGCCUGCCUGACCGGCUGCUGGCCUUCCUGCUGCCCAGGCUGGACACCAGCAGUGAGAGACUGCGUGUGGGUACCCUGCAGAUCCUGAGGCACCUCAUCAACUCGGCUGCUGCUCAAAUGGAAGUUAAGAAGCCCUUUAUUCUCUCUGCCAUGAGGCUUCCUCUUCUGGACACCAACAAUAAGGUGAAACGGGCUGUGGUGCAGGUGAUCAGCGCCAUGGCUCACCAUGGCUACCUGGAGCAGCCCGGAGGCGAGGUGAUGAUUGAGUACAUCGUGCAGCAGUGUGCGCUGCCCCCUGAGCAGGAGCCUGAGAAGCCAGGCCCUGAUGGCGAAGACCUGGCAGCCGCUGACAGCGUGCGGGCCAUCAGUGUCCGCACCCUCUACCUGGUCAGCACCACGGUGGAUAGGAUGAGUGACGUCCUCUGGCCCUACCUGAUGGAGUUCCUCGUCCCCGCGCACUUCACGGAGGCCCUGACCCCGCUCUGCCGGAGCCUGGUGCAUCUGGCCCUCAGGAGGCAGGAGGCGGGGGCAGAUGCCUUCCUGGUUCAGCUCGAGGCCCACGCCAACCUCCCGUCUCCCUACGCUGUGACCACCAGACUGCUGGUUGUGUCCUCCCACCCCUACCUGGGGGACGGGCGUGGGGCCGCCUCGCUGCGCCUCCUGAGGGUCAUGCGCCACAGCAUCCACCCUUUGCUGGCUCAGCCGUGGGAGACGGCCGUUCCUCUGCUGCUGGAGCACCUGGAGGCGCACACUGAGGAGACACUGUCCCUGCCCGAGUGGGAGGAAAAGCUGCUGACGUUCCUGCGGGACACCCUGGCCGUCGUCUCUGACGACACCUGGACCUGCCAGCUGAGCCUGGAGAUGCGCAAGCGGCUGCCAAGCUACAACAGGGUGCCCCAGGAGAAGAACUUCCUGUACAAGUGUCUGGGGACCACGCUGGCCGCGGCUGUGAGCAGGGAGGUGGUGAGGAAGAGCCUGCAGGAGCUGCUGGGAGCCGCCAGCUACCAGCAGCAGGCGGAGCACGAGGGCCUGGCCUGCUGCUUUGGGAUCUGUGCCACUGCCCACCUUGAGGACACUCUGACCCAGCUGGAGGACUUCAUAAGGUCAGACGUGCUCAGGAAAUCCAGCGGCAUCUUCAGCAUCUUCAAGGAUCGGGGCGAGCAGGAGCUGGAGAAGGUGAAGAGCGCRCUGAUCCUCUGUUACGGACAUGUGGCCACGCGGGCCCCUCACCAGCUGGUGCUGGCCAAGGUGGAGUCGGAGGUCCUCCGCAACAUGUUCCAGUGCUUCAGCACCAAGGUUCUGGGAAUAAAGGUAGAAACCAAGGACCCAGCCCUGAAGCUAUGCCUUGUCCAGAGCCUGUGCAUGGUCAGCCAGGCCAUCUGCAGCAGUGCGCAGGCCAGCUCCUUCUACUUCUCAAGGAAAGCAGAGCUGGUGGCACAGAUGAUGGAAUUCAUCAGGGCGGAGCCCCUGGACUCCCUGAAAACACCCCUGCGGAAGAAGGCCAUGCUCGCCUGCACCCACCUGAUCUCCUUGGAGCCAGCACUAGAGGAGCAGGCGCGGGCAGACGUGAUCCAUGGCUGCCUACACAGUGUCUUGGCCCUGGUUCCCGAGCCGGACCGGGAGGACGGCGGCAGCCAGGAGUCCCUGUAUCAGGACACGGUCCGUGCCUUGGAGGACUUGCUGGCGGGCCUCCUGCAGCGGAACAUGACUCCCCAGGGCCUGCAGAUCAUGGUUGAGCACCUGAGCCCAUGGAUCAAGUCCCCAAAGGGCCACGAGCGGGCACGGGCCUUGGGCUUGAGCACCCGCCUGCUGCGGCACUUCCGGCAGCACCUGCACGUCAGCGCUCUGGUGCCCUUCCACAACCUGGGCCUCCUCGUUGGCCUCUUCUCCCCGCGGUGUGCCGACCUGUGUUCCGCCACCCGCCAGCAGGCCGUGGACUGCGUCUACACCCUGCUCUACCUGCAGCUGGGCCACGAGGGGUUCUCCCGGGACUACCGCGAUGAUGUGGCCGAGCGGCUGCUCGGCCUCAAGGACGGCCUGGUGCACCCUGACCCUGCCACCCUCUUCCACACCUGCCACAGCGUAGCCCAGAUCAUUGCCAAGCGCCUUCCGCCAGACCAGCUCAUCAGCCUCCUGCUGACCAUGUUUGAGGGUCUGGGAGACCCCGACAAGAACUGCUCCCGUGCAGCUACGGUCAUGAUCAACUGCCUGCUGAAGGAGCGGGGCCCCGCGCUGCUGGAGAAGGUGCCGGAGAUCGUGAGUGUGCUGCGCUCCAAGCUGCAGGAGACCCAGGGAGAGCACAUCCUGCCGGCCGCCCAGCACGGCCUGUACCUGCUGGCCUCCCAGCACUGCGCGGCCGUAGUGUCCAGCCUGCUGGGCAGCCCCCUGCCCUUCGACAGCCACACCUGUGCCCUGUGGCGGGCCCUGGCCGUGCAGCCCAGCCUCACCACGCAGGUCCUGGAACUGCUCCUGGAGAAGAUGAGCAGGGACGUCCCCUUCAAAGAGAGCCGGGCCUUUCUGCUGGGCAGCAGCCCUCACCGGGUGGCCACGCUGCUGCCCCUUGUGGCCACCUGUGCACUGUACGAGGUCCUGUCUGCUCCCGCCUCGGGGACUGCGGUGCUAGAGCUCUACCCCCAGCUGUUGGUGGCGCUGCUGCUGCGUGUCAGCUGCACUGUGGGUGUCCAGCUGCCCCGGAACCUGCAGGUCAAGGAGAGGAGGGGCACUGGCACAGCCCCGGCCAGGAGCCUGGAGCCCUGCAGCUCUGCAGUGGACGCGCUCCAGGCCCUGCUGCUCCGAGGUGGCAGCCAGGACGUGGCACAGUGUAUGCAGUUGGAAGGGGGUUGGGAGCUGCUCAGGACCUCAGCAGGGCACGAGGAGGGGGUCACCCGGCUGGCCAGUGCCAUGGCCCGGUGUGCAGGGCCCCGGCUCCCCCUAGUGGUGAAGGCGCUUGUGUGCACGCAGAACAGUCCCUACGAGAUGCAGAGAGUCACCUCCACCGCCUUCCUGGCCGAGCUUCUCAGUAGCAAUGUGGUCAAUGACCUGAUGCUUCUGGAGUCCUUGCUGGACAACCUGGCAGCUCGACAGAAGGACUCAAGUACCAGUGUGCGGAGACUGGUGCUGCGUGGCCUGGCCAAUGUGGCCUCUGGCUCCCCGGACAAGGUGCGAGCCCACGGCCCCCAGCUCCUGACAGCCAUGAUCAGCGGGCUGGACGACAGGGAUGACCCACAUGGCCUGGUGGCCCUGGAGGCCAUGGUGGGCCUGGCUCGACUGCUGGACCUGGUGGCACCCUGGGACCUGCGCCUGGUGCUGCUGCACACAGUGAUCCGCAUCCGGCCCUUCUUCGACAGUGAGAAGGUGGAGUUCCGAGAAGCAUCCAUCCGCCUCUUUGGGCACCUCAACAAGGCCUGCCAUGGGGACUGUGAAGAAGUCUUCCUGGAGCAGGUUGUGGGCGGGCUGGUGCCUCUGCUGCUACACCUGCAGGACCCUCAAGCCCCUGUGGCCAGUGCCUGCAGGUUUGCCCUGUGCAUGUGCGUCCCCAACCUGGAGUGUGAGGAGCUGGCAGCCACCUUCCACAAGCACCUGCAGGAGGGACGCAGCCUGCACUUCGGGGAGUUCCUCAACUCAACCUGCAAGCACCUGAUGCAUCACUUCCCUGACCUGCUGGGCCGCCUGGUGAGCACCAACCUGUUCUACUUUAAGAGCACCUUCGAAGAGGUCCGCGCUGCAGCCCCCAUGUUCACAGGGUUCCUGGUGCUGCAUGCAGAGCCCAAGCAGCAGCCGCAGGUGGACCUGGAGCAACUGAUCGCAGCCCUGCAGCUCCUGCUGCGGGACCCAGCACCGGGGGUCCGGGAGAAGUCUGCGGAGACGCUGGGCCGCCUGGUGAAGUUCGCCUGAGGCAGACCAGCAGCCCGACAAUAGCACAGUUUGCCUGCACCUGCCAGAGGCAGGCCUCCUCGGACCCUCUGCUGCCAGGCACUACCCAGACCCAGCCCCUGCUGGUGGGGAAGGUGCCAGGGGCCAGACUGGGCAGGGCAAGCCAAUGAGCCCCCACAGGUCUCCCAAUAAAGCCGUUUGCUCCUCA